GAGCACUCCGGCUGCACACUGACCCGCGAAAAACAAAACCUCCAGCCGACGCAACACCCAUCUCAACUCAGGUGUCCUGACCGGUGAAACAAGACCGCUUCACCCCCCUUGAAAAAAAAGUCAACAAAACAAAAAACGACGCAAAACGUGCGACCUAAAAAUUCCUCCAAACCUUGCGUAAUUAGCAUAAUAAGAUAAGUCGUUGCGCCGCACUGCUUUUGGACAAUACCCCAAAAAAAAAAUCAAGCAAAACAGAAAAAAACUGGGAAAUUCAAUGUUGAGGGCGAACGCGUACAUUUUUGUUUGAGCAGAAGAAGUGAUUGAUUUGUUGUGACUUGAAAAAGGAUUGCGUGGCUGGGAAAAGUUUUUUUUGUUGAAGUUUGAAGGGGGUCGGAAAAAUCAAUACGUUCUGUGAUAUUGUUGAUGAAAGUGAAAAAAAGUUUAAAAAGUUUUAUACGUUUUACCUCGGUCAAUUGAAAAGUUUUAUUCGUUGAAGAGUUGGUUGAGUAAAUAUUUUAACGGAAAAGUUACAGAAAGAAGUUGUUACAAGAAAUUUAUUACCGAAAAUUACGUUCUGAAAAGAGGCAGCCCCAGGAAAAAAGCGCGCGCCGUUGUAAAUCCACAACCUAAUUAAAUAAUUAAGCGAUUAGCGCGUGUUGGCAGCACCUGCGUUGGUCGGAGUGCUUAAGAAAAGUGUGACUAGUUGGUCCCCCUUAGUUUAUCCGGUGUCUCGCGAUAAAACUUGUGUGUGUUUGUGUGUGGAAAACUGAGAAAAUAAAAGUAAAGAAGCACGUUCAUUAAUCAGGUGCCACCCACCUGGUCUGGUUAAGGUCGAGCAAAAAAAAAAAAAGGGUGGAAAAGUGAAGAAACGCGAAAAAAGUAGUGAUAAAAAAGUGUUAUUACCGCGGGACACGAAAAGCUUAAUCGGUGAACUUUACGUUGAAAUUCCGGCAAGGAGCAGGACCGGAAGCGUCACCCAACCCCACGUGGAAAAGUUCCAUCAAGAGGGGGGCGCCCAAAUGCGUGUCGCUUGAUUUGAUGUCAUCAAUUACCGAAAAUAAAUACAGAAAAAAAAUCUCACACUGCGUUCGCGCGGAGGGGUGGAAAAUUCCUGGAAAAGCGGUCCAUCAACGACAACAAAGUGACGAGGGAAAAAAAUGCUGAAUAAAUAAAAUUUAUGCUGUUUGCUUUAUCAAUCGAUGAAUAAUUGCGGAAUAAAUUUGCCGUAACUGAUGUGCAAAAGUCAGCGCAGCUGGAAAAUUCGCAACUUUGUGACCACCCGCCAGAGCUUGGGAGCAAAUGUCACGCGGAAAUUUUCCAAUUAAAGUGUGAUUUUUCAUCCGUUAAUUAAUGUGCGUGCACGCGCUGGUCAUCAAUUAGCGGCAGCUUGCACACGUGUGUGUCGUACCACGUGCCCACAUAUCGAGAGUGAAUACCUGAAAAAAAUCUGUAAUUUGUGAUUCGUGAAAAAUCGCCAUAUCAAUUGAGGAAAAUCCCAGAGAAAAAAAAAUCAUAUCAAAAAAGUGCAAAUCAGUGAAAAGAAGAGGAAAUAAAAUCAAACCGCCACCAUGGCGAUGGUCGUGUCGGGCCGCGCCAAAGCCGUGAUCGGGGCGUUCAUCUGCUUCUUUCUGCUCGGGAUCGUCCUGGUGACCGGCUCGACCAAGGGGUGGUUCGUACCGGUGCGGUACAACCACGAGCGGGUGGCCGCGCGGAUACAGUCCAGUGGAGACGAUGGCGAUUUCCCGAUGAUUUCACCCCCACCGCCCGAGUACGGUGGCUACGGGCUGAAGGGCGACAAGGGCGAACGGGGCGUGAAGGGCCCGCCUGGGGACAGCAUACGGGGGCCUCCGGGACCACCAGGGCCGGCGGGACCAGCCGGGCCCCCGGGGCCACCCGGUUCACCCGGACCCAAGGGACCGGGCUAUUUCGAGGACGGAUCUGGCGACGAAGUGAAGAGAUUAUCUCAGUUGUACGACGCCCUGCCCAACCGGAAGCACGCCAACCAGUGCUACUGUAACGCGUCGCUGAUUCUGGAGGAGCUCAAAAUGGACGCCGCCCUGCGGGAAUACCUCCGCGGACCGGUUGGACCGCAAGGCCGCGAGGGCAAAACCGGAUCGCCUGGACUGACGGGUGCGCCAGGACCUGCCGGUGAACGGGGAUCGACCGGUCUCAAGGGAGACCGCGGAGACCGUGGAGACAUCGGAACGCCCGGCCCCGAAGGACUCCAGGGCAGCAAGGGUGAACCCGGCCUGGAUGGCAUGGCGGGUCCCCCUGGACUGCCCGGACCUCCGGGACCACCGGGCAUUCCGGAGAACUACGAUAUAAAUUGGAACCCGUCGCGGAUGUUUAAGGAGUCGAUGCUGGGCUCGCCGAUCCAGGGACUUCGAAGUGCCUCGCCCGGAACCAAGGGGGACACCGGCGACAAGGGCGACAUUGGGCUGCCCGGCCAGAAGGGCGAACAGGGCACCAAGGGCGACCGGGGCGAUCCGGGCCUGACCGGGGCCAAGGGAGAAAGGGGCCACAGUUCGGUGGGAGCACCCGGACCAAAGGGAGCCAUCGGACCGCCGGGAGUUUCGGGGCUGCCGGGACAAACCGGAGCCACUGGGACGAAGGGCGACAAGGGAACGACGGGUGACGUGGGUCCCCAAGGGCCGCCAGGACCGCCCGGGGCGGUGGUUUACAGCGAUUCCCGAAACGGAACCAUGGCCGCCGCAGAUCAGUGCCAGUGUCCAGCGGGACAACCGGGACCACCCGGACCACGGGGCCCUGCCGGCUUUGACGGGGCCCCCGGAGUGCCAGGUGAAACAGGCCUCCCCGGCCAUCCCGGCCUGCCAGGAGACAAGGGUGACAAGGGAAGCACGGGCUCGAAGGGCGAUAAAGGACCGGAGUUUAUCAUCAACGAGAACGCCUCGUUCAACUCGUCGAAGACAAAUCGAGCCGAAAAGGGCGAACGCGGACCGCGAGGUCGGCGGGGCAAACCAGGCCCCAUCGGACCUCCGGGAAAACCGGGAACGCCCGCCGACAUGGGCCUCAACACGUGGCCGGGACGACCCGGUGGAAAAGGAGAACCCGGACCAAAGGGUGACCGCGGCGAGAGCAUCCAGGGGCCCAAGGGAGACAAAGGUGACCGCGGAAUGGACGGCCGGGACGGUCAGCCGGGACCACCUGGGCUACCGGCGGCAUCCGGCGAGGGCGUGCAGUACAUUCCGAUGCCAGGUCCUCCGGGACCCCCUGGACCACCAGGACCACCCGGGCUGUCCCUCGUCGGCGAAAAAGGCGAACCAGGCAUGGACUCGCGCAGUCCGUUCUACAACGAUCCGAACUACGGGGGACGACAAGGAGGUCGCUCCAGCUUAGAUGAACUAAAAGCACUUAGAGAACUAAAGCAUCACAAGGACUAUCAAGAUAGUACACCCGGCCCUCCAGGACCACCAGGACCUCCAGGACGGAUCAUUCACGACGACGAUCUGCCGUACGGUUUCAGCAACAACAACAACGUGCGAAUCGUGCCGGGGGCCGUCACCUUCCAGAACACCGAACUCAUGUCCAAGAUGUCUUCUACGAGUCCCGUCGGAACGCUCGCCUACAUAAUUGACGAGGAAGCACUGCUGGUACGAGUGAAUAAAGGCUGGCAAUACAUCGCACUGGGCACGCUGGUCCCGAUCGCCACCCCGGCCCCACCAACGACCACCGUGAUGCCACCACCGCGGCCAGAUCUGCAGGCGUCCAACCUGAUCAACAAUAUCCCACAGCCCGUCGAAGGACCUUCCUUCACGGCAACUCCAGAGUAUGAAUCGUGGUACCCAAAAAUGCUCCGGAUGGCGGCCCUCAACGAGCCGUACACGGGUGACCUGCAGGGCAUCCGCGGAAUCGACUUCGCCUGCUACCGGCAAGCGCGCCGGGCCGGUCUCCUGGGGACGUUCAGGGCGUUCCUGUCCGCGAGAAUCCAGAACGUCGACUCGAUCGUGCGGAUAGCGGACCGUGAGCUGCCGGUGGUCAACACCCGGGGGGACGUCCUGUUCAACUCGUGGAACGGAAUCUUCAACGGCCAGGGUGGCUUCUUCUCGCAGGCCCCGCGGAUAUACAGCUUCAACGGGAAGAACGUCCUCACGGACAUAACCUGGCCCCAGAAGCUGGUGUGGCACGGUUCCAGCACGCUGGGCGAGCGCACGAUGGACACGUACUGCGACGCCUGGCACUCGAGCGCGCCGGACAAGGUCGGCACGGCCAGCAGUCUGCUCGGCAAUAAAUUACUAGAUCAGGAGCGGUAUUCCUGUGAUAAUCGGUUCGUGGUGCUGUGCAUCGAGGCGGUGUCCCAGGACCGGCGGCGGAAGCGGGACGUCCGGAGCCAUCGAGAGUUCGCCAACGAGGACGAGUACGGUCGCCAUCUUGAGGAGACCCUACGGCAGCUAUAAGUGACAACACUCGCUCGUUAGAAUUUCCCCUAAAGUUACCUUCCAUAGUCGAUAUACUCAUUAAAGCAAGAGCAAAGAGAAGCAUCACACGCCAGAUUGGAAAAUUUACAAAAAAAAAUCACGACAUCACGAAAUCGUAAAACAAGGCUGCCAAAUGUAGGAAAAGAAAAAAAAGUAAACAAACACUUGGAAACGCAAGGAUUUUCUUUCCUCUUCCUGCUUAGAGAGAUUGUAGUGUCCCCACCCCUUCUUCUUUCGAAAAAAAAAUGCAAAAUACAACGUAGCAAGCGCGUCAUCGUCAAAAGUAAUGAUAACGAUAAUAAUAACAAUAAUUAUUAUUAAGAAGAAGGCGGGCUGAAUCGAAACUCGCGGCCUACUACGGGUUGGCAGUUUGAUAACAAAAAAAAAGAAGUGAUGUAAAUAUGCCACUUUACAAGAGUAGGCAGUUACCAUGGGAGACAAGAUUUGAAAUUUUCCCCUAAUGCAAAUUAUAAAGAAAAGAUGAAAAAGAAGUAAAUAUCAAUGCCAAUGACACGUGCAAAGAAUGGAUGAAACUGUAAACAAUAAUGAUAAUAAAGGAGAAAUUAGUCAAAUUACAAUAAUGGUAAGAAAACGCGUUGCGCGAAAAAUCUUUUCAGUUUUGUAAAUAAUUGGAUUCGAAAACACCAUAAAAACACUAAAAUACAGCAUGCAGCUACUUUUGGUCAAUUUAACAUUUUUUAUGGUAGAUUCCAACCUUGCACUUGACAGGUAUCAAUUUGAAAUAAACCUUACCUUUAACAAUGCAAUCUUAGAUGCGUCAAAGAAAAUUAAAAUGUUGAAUGGUAAAGGUGAAACGCUGUCAAGUCAAGGAUAAAAACAAACAAAAUCAGUCAAAAACCUUAAUUUUAACCCACAUUUGACGCGCAGCGUGUACCCUUAAGUCCUUCCCGAGCAUUUAAGCAGAAAAUGAUUCCUUUUUCCAUGGACGAAUUAAAGAUGAGCGGUUUAUACUGUAAUUAAGAAAAGCAAACAAAAAAAACUCACAGUAAAUAUGAUGCAAAACAAAUAGUAUUGAAAUAGAACUUUUAUUUAUUAUUUCUCUCUCUACCUUCGAAAAAAUUCUCGUGACCAUUUAGUGACUACCGAAACAAAUACCACUCAAGUUGCAUGUAAAGUGAAACCAGUCGCUUAGUUGAUAACUGUCACGAUGAAAACAAAGAAGAAGACGAAAAAACACGUGUUGUGAGUUAGCAGUCGGAAGAAAUUUAAACAUAAGUUUGACAUUUUCUAACCUACUUUGCAUAAUUCUGUGUAGAAAUGAACUCGUAAAGCAACAAAAAGAGAACAAUUUGUUGACUCUUUUCAGGCAGUAUUGUAUGGAGAAAAAAUACCACGCAAAACUAAACGCCGUUACAAAAUUGCAUUUGAACAAAAUCGUGAAAACUUAAGUGUCAUAUUUGAAAAAAAAAACAGAAGAAAAUCUAGCUAUAAAAUAGGUUAAAUUCAUCACUUGACAAACAAGAGAACAACAAAAAAAACUUUUAAACGAUUCAACAAAACGAUAGCUAAUAAGUUAUUGCAAUGAAAAUUUAUUGACAGAUUCUAUCAUUGAUCAAUAUUUAUAUUUUAUUUUGUCUUUACACCGUAGAGAAGUAAGAACGAAAUAAAAAUGUUUUAAGUAAGAACGAUUCAUUGCAUCUAAUGAACAAACAGAGAAAAUGCUCUUUAGUGUUUGAAGACGCAAACUAAUUGUAACAAAGUAUGACAAGUUUUUUUGUAAAUAAAAACACAAGAAAUCUGUAAAA